AUAGGGAGAGAGACAGGAGGGAGAUGUUGAGAAAGCUUUGUGGAGCAAGUGGUUAGAAAAAUGUAAAUUUAAUGAAAAAGAGAAGAAAGAGAAAAAAGGAACCAUUCUGAGAGUUGGGACUGCAGAGAGAGCAAGUAUUGAGUUUCACCUGACUCAUCCACAAUACGAAGUUAUGGAUCAAGGUAAACAGCAGGAUUUCACAAUGGAGUAAAUUAAAAACAGAAAGCUGUGUUUUGGGGAGAGGGGGACACAGAGAAGGAGGGAAAAAGACAGGGGAGUUCAGAAGAAAUUGAUUUAAACACAAACAGAAAGCUAUUUUCUAGGUAAGAGAGUCUGUCUGUAGCCCCUGAGCCUUCUGCAUUGACCAUGAGGAUGUGGUACAGUGGAUUCAGGUUCCUUUGGCAGUACCACCCAGUUCUACUCUUUCUGCUGUGGGAGGGCAGGAAUUGUCAGGAACAGACAGAGGAUCUACCAGGGUUUACAAUUGAGGCACCAGCAGAGGUGACAGUGCAGAGGGGACUCUGUGUGCUCAUCCCCUGUAACUUUACUGUUGGUCCUGGUUAUAACUUAACCAAAGAUGCCAUUGGAAUCUGGUAUAAAGGACAUCUUGGUGGCCCAGUUGCAGCUUCUACUGUCUCCUCUCGGUUCCCUGAUACAACAAACAGGCGCUUUAUAUUCACUGGGAAAGUGAGUGCAGGAGACUGUUCCUUCUCUAUCAGUGAUGCACAACCAGGAGACACUGACCAGUACUACUUCAGACUUGAGGGUCCUUUAAAAAUUAACUACCUUCAUAUCCAGCCAAAUGUAUCUGUGACAGACCUAAAAGAACCUGAUAUAUCUCCCACCAAGUAUCUGACCGCUGGUGAAGAAGUGACUGUGACUUGCACUGCUCCUACACACUGUCCUGGGCUCUCUCCAACCUUCACAUGGGAAGGAAGUGUAAAUACAGAAAAUACACAGAAUAAUACAUUGAGGCACCAAGAUGGGACUGUCACCUACUGGUCAAAUAUCACUUUCACUCCAUCACUGAGUGACCAUUUUUCCUCCUUAACCUGCACUGUGACUUAUAAACAUGAGUCUGCUACAACAAGCAUCACCUUGAAUGUUGAAUGGUUUACAAUUGAGGUACCAGCAGAGGUGACAGUGCAGAGGGGACUCUGUGUGCUCAUCCCCUGUAACUUUACUGUUGGCCCCAGUUAUAACUUAACCAAAGAUGCCAUUGGAAUCUGGUAUAAAGGAUAUAAUGGACAUCCAAAUGGUCCAGUUGCAGCUUCUACUGACUCCUCUCAGUUCCCUGAUACAACAAACGGGCGCUUUAUAUUCACUGGGAAAGUGAGUGCAGGAGACUGUUCCUUCUCUAUCAGUGAUGCACAACCAGGAGACACUGACCAGUACUGGUUCAGACUUGAGGAUAGAGAUAAUCUAAGAGUCAGCUUCCUAAAUAUCCAACCAACUGUUUCUGUGACAGAUCCCAAGGAAACGUGUUUGGAUUCCAAAGUGAUUCCUGCAAUGGUGGCUGGAAAUAUUUUCAUUUUAGCUCUGAUGGGCCUGGGAGGUUUUUGGUACCUGAAAAGGACCAGGAAAAUGCCAGAGAAAGGUGAAACAAGAGAAGGUCCCAAGCCAAAGGCUGAAGAGUCUACAUAUGAGACACUGAAGACUCAAUCUCAGGAUACGUACAGCACAUUGAAUCUGCCAACAAUCAGCAAGACUCACUGAGUGACUAUCCCCCUCAACAAAUCACUCAAAUUUACAAUCAUUUUACAAUUAAUUAUUAACUAUAAAGAAAUAUUUGUGCUAUGUGGGGUUGAGCUUUGCGCAGACACCUAGGGGCACAUUUACAAAGCUCGAAUUAAAAAAACUUCGAUUUUGGAAGUGUUUUUUGGGCUAC